AUGAGAUUACCCUUAUUUCAUACAGCUAAAGCCGCGAAUUUAACUGGAAUUUCAAAUAGAUCUGCUGCAAAAAAAGCAACUGCUGUUUUGACAGACAUGAAAAUAGUUUCCAAUAAAAAAAUAGCACAAGUUGUUGAUAAUAAUAAAAUUAGAAGGGCAAUAUUUAAAAAUAGAAAUUAUUUAAAAAACAAAUGGCACAACGAUAACAAGAACAAAGAUCUUGAUGCAAUAUACUUUGAUGGGCGCAAAGACCAAACGAUCGUUGACUUAAACGGGCAUCGAAUCAAAAAACUUGAGGAGCACAUUUCAUUAAUUCAAGAACCAGGUAGUCGGUAUUUUGGUCACAUAUCCUUUACUACAUCGUCUAAGGCAACUGAUAUUGCAAGUGGCAUAUCAUCCUUCUUAAACCAAAAUGAAGUUGAUAUGACAAAUAUUAAGGUUAUCGGUUGCGACGGCACUAAUUGUAACACAGGCUGGAAAGGAGGUAUUAUACGUCUUGUGGAAACUCAGUUAGGUAAACCUUUGCAGUGGGCUGUAUGCUACUUACACGCUAACGAGUUUCCCUUAAGGCAUCUCUUACAAAAACAAGACGGGCAUACCAAAGGCCCGUAUCAAUACUCAGGAGAAAUUGGUUCCUUACUUGAAAAUUGCGAAAAACGUCCAAUUGUUUCAUUUUCGAAAAUUGAAACUGAUUUACCUGAUACAAACUACAAAGACUUAAGCACGGAUCAGCAGUAUUUAUAUAGAAUCUGUCAGGCUGUUUCAGAUGAUAUCUGCCCCGCAGAUCUUGCACAAACAAACCCAGGAAAAACGUCUCAUUCUCGAUGGUUGACUACCGCCAAUCGUGUCCUGAGAUUAUAUGUUUCAGUAAGUGAACCAUCCAAUAACCUUAAACUACCUGCAAAAUUUAUUGUAAAAGUUUAUUCAACAAUGUGGUUUGUAACAAAGGCAAAACCAUACUUACAAUUUGGUGCUCGGCAUUUGUGGCAAACGAUUUAUCUUUUAAGGCAAUUUGCUGAAACAAUAACAGCCGUUGUUGAUAAAGCCAUUUUAAAUAAUGCAUUUUACGCACAUCCUAAAAAUAUUUUAGUUGCCAUGUUAGCCGAUGAAAGAAAACAUAUAAGAGAACUGGCAGUAAGACGGAUUUUAAAAGCUAGAAAUAAACCAGAAGGUGUUCGAGUUUUUAGAAUUCCCAACUUAAACUUUGAGGCUCAAGACUAUAUUGAUUUAAUUAAAUGGGCAGAAUGUACAAUUACAGAACCUCCUUAA